AAUGGAUAGCAGAGAGGAAGAGCGAGGAAGAGGUUGUCACCUCAGACCGUGUCCGUACCCGCCUCAUUCAUGUCAUGUCACAGAGCCAUAGCCAUUAAUGAAGAGACACACUCCGCCUCUCUCCUCUCCUGAGAUCUCUCUCUCUCCCUCUCUCUCCCCCUCUAUCUCGCUCUCUCUCUUCAAGACCAUCCGCCAUUAAUGCAACCCUCUUGAUUGUCACUUCACGGGGUUUCUCUCUCCUCCCUCCCUCCCUUCCCCCCUCAGUUGAAAACCUCUCAAAAGAGGGAGUGCCCGCUUUAAAUGGCUUUCGUUUUCUGCACAAGGGCCUCAGAAACUUAUGACCCCUCGAGUGAUGAUGAUUCAAGAUUCAGUCUUUCUUCUUCUUCUUCUUCCCGAAUCCCUUCGUUUGCUCUUGGGGUACGAGCUCUACUGGUAGGGACCAAUGGGAUACAUACACUUUGAAUACGUGACACGUCGAACAUUUAAUGUCUCCUCCCAGCAAAAAUACGUCCCAUUUAAUGCGCGCCACAGCUUAAAGCCCGCCGAUCGUCCUUCCACUCCCACAAGUUGUGUCCAGUUUGGUUUCGAUCCCUCCCCAGACGCAGUAAAAUCGAAAUGGGCAUUUAGAGAACCCCUCACAUAUUACAUGAUCCUCCCGUCUCUCUGUCUCUGUCUCUGUCUCUCUCCAAGAUAGUCUUUUUGACUACUUCUCUGUACUUCAUUUGCUCCCUUUCACUCACAGGCUGAAGAAGAGCUUUAAAGGCGUUUCUUGGUUCUCUCAGGGUCUUCUGUUUUUGGAUUAUGUUGUGAUAACUUUGUAAGUGGGAGAGAGAAAAUGGGAAGGACACCAUGCUGUGACAAGAAGGAUUUGAAGAAAGGGCCGUGGACGGCCGAGGAAGAUGAGAUUCUUGUUGGGUAUAUCAGACAGAAUGGCCAUGGAAGCUGGCGUUCUCUCCCCAAGCUUGCAGGUCUUCUUCGUUGCGGUAAGAGUUGCCGGCUAAGGUGGACGAACUAUCUCAGGCCAGACAUAAAACGUGGCCCUUUUACUCCCGAGGAGGAGAAGCUUGUCAUUCAGUUUCAUGGAAUACUCGGUAACAGGUGGGCUGCCAUUGCUGCUCAACUUCCUGGAAGAACGGACAAUGAGAUCAAGAACCUGUGGAACACCCAUCUAAAGAAGCGUCUUCUUUGCAUGGGCCUCGACCCCCAGACUCAUGAACCUUUCGUAACCCGAGGCCCUAUCACAAACUCACCCACAUCAACAAUCACGCGUCACAUGGCACAGUGGGAAAGUGCUCGGCUUGAAGCUGAAGCUCGGCUUUCUAGGGAGUCCUUCCUGUUUAAUCCACUUCCAAAAACUGAUGCUGACCAUUUCCUCCGGCUGUGGAACUCAGAAGUUGGAGAAUCUUUCAGAAAGACAAGCAUGGAAAUUGGAAGAAGCCCGGUUUCUCCGGCAUCUUCAUCUGUGAAGUGUGAAUCCAAUUCAGCCAUCAGCACCGAAAUGGGUCCCUGCGUGGGUGGUUCUGCUGCUGCCGCAAAUGACGGAGACGAAGAUGAGGAAUACAAGAGGUGCAAAUCCUACAUUCCACUAAUGGCUGCAGGGACAGAGUCCUCUGGCUCUAGUGCCUUAGAAGAUUCAUCAGAUACAGCAUUGCAGCUGCUGCUGGAUUUUCCUAUCAACAAUGACAUUAGCUUCUUAGGAGGAGAUAUUGAUCAAUAUGCUUCAUCUUCUGGUUUAAUUUAGAAAGUUCUGAAAUAUUUGCAGUUAUGAAACCCGGCUAAGCAUUUACCUAUUAUGAGGCCUCUCCUGCUAGAGUUUUGAGCUUUUUCCAUUAGCAAGAGGAGAUGCGAACGUUAACAUUUGACUCUAUGGUAAUGUCUUACUUGCUUAGUCU